AUGAGCCUGAUGAGUGAAGUCAACAGCUUGUCAUACCGGUGCGCGAGCUUGAGAGAAGAGCAGUUCCCGCGAAUGCCAUCCUCGCCUUAUUCAACAGCGACAAUGGUGGGUGGACGCAUGAAUGGUUGCAUCAGCCUCUUCCAUGACGAGGUCCGGACUCCAAAGAACAUGCGAUUUUCGAUCUUGUCGGUGCUGAGCACCAUUUCUCAUGACUGGUUCAUGGCCACCUCGAUCCAGUGUCCGUCCAGCGUGAAUGAAUGGAAACAGGCUCGACAGAUACAAUGGGCCUGCUCGUCUGUACGGACAUGGUUAGACUGUAGCGGACAUGCCGUGACCCGAGAUCGAAUCGAUAGAGGCUACUCGAUGUGCCUGAAGAGUCUCGUUGAAGAUCCUAGUGUCGUAAAAUCUCUCACCAUGGCUAUCGCACCCAUUCCCGCCAAGGAUGUCAAAGACGCAGCAACCAACGGUCAGACGAAAAACGAUCAGGAAUACGAUGUCAUCAUCGUCGGUGCCGGUUUCUCAGGUAUAAGCUCAUUGUAUCGUCUUCGCAAAGAUGGCCUCCAAGCGCACAUCUUCGAAGCCGGUUCAGACUUUGGUGGCGUGUGGUACUGGAAUCGUUAUCCUGGCGCACGUGUCGACAGCGAAACACCAUUCUACCAACUCAACAUACCCGAAGUAUACAACACUUGGAGUUUCUCGCAACGCUUUCCUGAUCAUCGAGAGCUGAGGAAGUACAUGGCGCACGUGGACAAGACGUUGGGACUACGAAAGGAUGUUAGCUUUGAUUCCAAGGUCUUUGGAUGUAUGUGGGAUCAGGAGGCUGCGAAAUGGGUCGUACGGACGGAAAAUGGGAUGAUGGCACGAGCACGCUGGUUGAUAUUGGCGACUGGUUUGCUGCAUAAGACGCAUCUGCCAGACUGGCCUGGUCAACAGGAGUAUAAAGGGGUGAUACGACAUUCGGGAGAGUGGCCUGAGGAGACAAGUGUCAAAGGCAAAAGAGUCGCCGUGAUUGGUGCUGGCGCGACAUCCGUCCAGAUUGUGCAGGAACUUGCAAAAGAGGCAUCACACUUGACUGUUCUGAUGCGCCGCCCCUCUUAUUGCCUUCCCAUGGGCCAACGAAUCUGGACAGAAGAAGAGCAAGUCGCAUGGCGAGCAUAUUACCCAGCACUGUUUGCUGCCGGACGAAACAGCGCUGCCGGAUUCCCCGGCGUCGGCUGCGAUGUACGCGUUCAAGAUGUCAGCCCCGAGGAAAGAGAAAAGUAUCUUGAAAGUGUGUGGGUUUGCGGCGGCUUUCAGUUCAUGCUCCGCAACUACAAUAACAUCUUGGUCGAUAAAGAGGCCAACAAAAUCAUCUACGACUUCUGGAAGAAGAAAGUCCGUCAACGACUCACUGAUCCUGCCAAGCAAGAACAAAUGGCUCCAGAUAGCAUGCCCUACUACUUUAGUACCAAGCGUACGCCCCUCGAACACGACUAUUACGACCUGCUCAACCAGCCCAACGUCGAGAUUGUAAAUCUAUAUGAACAUGGGAUCGAGAGAUUCACAGAGACUGGUCUCCAACUCGCCAAUGAAUCCAAAGCCCGGGAAUUCGACUACGUAGUCUGCGCCACAGGCUUUGACUCGUUCACUGGCUCGCUGACCAACAUGGGUCUUAUCUCGAAAGACGGCAUCGACAUUAAAGAAGUCUGGCGCAAUGGUGUGCGCACCUUCCUCGGCAUGAUGUUCAACGGGUUUCCCAACGCCUUCAUGGUAUACUCGCCGCAAGCUCCCACGGCUUUAUCGAAUGGCCCAACCAUUAUAGAAUGCCAGUGCGACUUUGUAUGCGAUACCAUCAAAUCUAUGCAAGUGCAAGGAGACAAGACGACGAUUGAGCCAACCAAGCAGGCAGAAGAUGAGUGGAAAGCAGGCAUGGAUGCAGUGAUUGAACAUACGUUGUUUCCGUACACGGAUAGUUGGUGGAACACAGCCAAUAUCCCGGGAAAGAAGAAAGAGAAUCAAACAUAUAUCUUGGGCAUUGGUGCUUACGAGAAACAGUGUCGGGAGAUGAUGGUUGGAUGGAAGGGGUUUGAGGUUGGGGGUGUUUGA